CAGAGGCCCCCACUUCCCUCCUCCCUUCCUUAAACAGAGCUCUGGCUUUGGCUCUCGGACAUUGCAUUUCCUGAGAAGGGAGAGGACACAGCUGAGCCCUGGCUCCUGCUUCUGCUCCAGCCAAGAUCUGCCCGCCAUGGCUCUGGUGCUGAUCCUCCAGUUCCUGACCCUCUGGCCUCUGUGUCAUGGAGACGUCACUCCAGCUGGCUCCCAGGAAGCCCAGGGACCCAGCAGCCCUGUUAAUUCAGUCCCCCCAGCCUUAUCCCUCAAGCCAUCGCUGGGGGCUCAGCCUGCGGCAAUUGUAACCCCUGGGGUCAAUGUGACCUUGAGGUGCCGGGCACCUCAACCUGCCUGGAGGUUUGCACUCUUCAAGUCUGGGGACAUCACCCCUGUGCUGUACCGGGAUGUGUCCAUGGAGCUGGCAGAGUUUUUCCUGGAGGAGGUGACCCCAGCCCAGGGGGGCAGUUACCACUGCUGCUACAGGAAUCUAGGCUGGAAUCUGGGUGUCUGGUCUCACCCCAGCGAUACACUGGAACUGCUGGUCACAGACCAGCUACCGCCCCCGUCGCUGGUGGCGCUGCCCGGGCCGGUGGUGGCGCCCGGAGCCAACGUGAGCCUGCGCUGCGCCGGCCGCCUGCGGGGCAUGAGCUUCGCCCUGUACCGCGCGGACGAGGCGGCGCCGCUGCAGUACCGCGACUCUGCAGAGCCCUGGGCCGACUUCCCGCUGCCCGGCGCCCGCGCGCCCGGCACCUACAGCUGCUACUACCACACGCCGUCCUCCCCGUACGUGCUGUCGCUGCGCAGCGAGCCGCUAGUCAUCCGCGCCGACCACGGCUCCUUGGACUACACGCAGGGCAACCUCCUCCGUCUGGGGCUGGCCGGCCUGGUGCUCAUCUCUCUGGGCACACUGAUUAUUCUUGACUGGCGCAGCCAGAACCAUGCCCCAGGUGUCAGGCCCUGAGCCCCAGAGGACUAGAUACAGAUGGCUGCAGUGUGAGAAGACCUCCCAGAGACCAGGAUUCCUGGGGUUGGACUGGCCCUCCCAAGAGCUCCACAGUCCCCCUGUGCCCAGCUUCUGGGUCAUAAUAAGCUUCCUACAGUGUGUUCUAGCUCCCUUCUGGGUCAUUCCUCUAGUAGGUCAGUGGAAGGCUCUAUCCGGCUUCCUGGAUACAAGGGUUCGAUUCCCAGUGCCAGCCACUGCUCACUCACUGGAUUAUUAAGAAAGAGACCUUUCCCAAGUCUCAUUUGCACUGAUUGUAAAAUGGGCUCGCUGAUAAUACCCACUUCUUAAUCUUGUUGUAGGAUAAAGUGGGCAAUACAUGCAAAGCCCUUGAAAGUGACUGGCCUAUAGUAAAUGCUCAAUAAAUAUUAGCUAUCCUGUAUCUGCGGUUUCAUCUGGGCUGGAAUGAAGUUAGCUUUUUUUCUCCCCCUCCACUGCACAUGAAAAACUGAUCCUUUAAGUAAUUCACUGCCACUUCCUUCAUGACAUCAUCACAAACCUCUUCCAAACCCCUUCUCAGACCUUCCCCAAAGGUAGACCGAGAUCAGAUCAAGGAAAAUUUCUUCCCUAUUUAAAGCUUCAUUUGCAUGCAGUGCAGGCUGUUUUCUGAAGUGAUUAAGUGGAGUCCAUUGUCAAGGCAACAGCAAGGGCAGUGUGUGCCCUAGAGCUCAGACCUGGACACUUACACCUGAUGCCUAGCCUGCUUCCCACGGCUCUUGGUGGCCUCCACAGUUGUAAAGAUAAUGCAAACCCUUCCCCCCUGCAGCCUGUUUGCUCUCCCCUCCUGCCUCUCUCUCUGGAAGGCCUGACUACAUUCAGUCUCUCCAGAGUUUAUUAAUUUAACUUCUGUUUUAAUCUUGGUAACUCAGAUGCCUUUAUCAUC